AUGCGUUCCGUCCUCGCUAUUGCCGGCUUGAUUGCCGCUGCUCUCGCUAGCAAGACCGUCACCACCGUCGUCGAUGUGACCGUCACCUCGUGCGCCCCCGCCUACACCGAGUGCGCCGAGUGGGAGGACGCCUCCUCGGUGGAGCCUACCACCUCUGCUACUUGGGCCGAUGUCCCAGUGGCCUCCGUCACUGCCUCUAGCAGCAGCACUUGGGCUGAUGCCGCUGUGCCUGUCAGCAGCACUCUCAGCACCGUCUGGAGCGACGCCGCUGUGCCUGUCACCCCUGUUGCUCCCACCGGUGGUGCCUCCACCUGGGUUGACGCCGCUGCUCCCGUUGCUCCCACUGGCACUGCUGCUCCCGUCGCUCCCUACAAGCCAUCCACCCCCGUCGACAGCUACACCGGCUCUGCCUCCAAGAUGGCCGGCGCUGGCCUUGCCGGUGUCGCCGCCAUUGCUGCCCUUCUUCUGUAA